AUGUGGCAAGUUCGAGCCAAACACAAGGAAGUUUGUCUUCAUAAAGAUAGUCCUCUUGGAGAAACAAUCCUUGAAUGCUACAACUGUGGAUGCCGAAAUGUGUUUCUUCUUGGAUUUAUAUCUGCCAAGACAGAAAGUGUUGUUGUUCUGCUUUGUAGAGAACCUUGCCUGAGUGUUAAUGCAUUGAAGGACAUGAACUGGGACCUAAGUCAGUGGUGCCCUCUUAUUGAUGAUAGGUGUUUCUUGCAGUGGCUUGUUAAGAUCCCAUCCGAACAGGAGCAAUUGAGGGCACGGCAAAUCAGUGCCCAACAAAUAAAUAAGGUAGAAGAACUUUGGAAGACAAAUCCUGAUGCUUCCCUGGAAGAUCUUGAGAAGCCUGGUGUGGAUGAUGAACCCCAGCCCAUAGCCUUGAAAUAUGAAGAUGCAUAUCAGUAUCAAAAUGUAUUUGCACCACUUAUCAAGCUUGAGGCAGACUAUGAUAAAAUGAUGAAAGAAUCUCAAAGCAAAGACAACGUGACAAUUCGCUGGGAUAUUGGUCUUAACAAGAAGCGUAUUGCAUAUUUCGUUUUUCCAAAGGAAGACAAUGAGUUGCGUCUUGUACCUGGUGAUGAGUUGCGGCUGCGUUAUUCAGGAGACGCAGCUCAUCCAGCAUGGCAGUCGGUUGGGCAUGUGAUCAAGCUAACUGCACAAGAGGAGGUUGCACUCGAGCUUCGUGCCAGUCAGGGAGUUCCUGUUGAUGUGAAUCAUGGUUUCAGUGUUGACUUUGUGUGGAAGAGUACAAGCUUUGAUAGGAUGCAGGGGGCCAUGAAAACUUUUGCAGUGGAUGAAACUAGUGUCAGUGGAUACAUUUACCAUCACUUGUUGGGUCAUGAAGUUGAGGUUCAGAUGGUUCGAAAUACGCUCCCUCGUCGAUUUGGCGCACCAGGCCUUCCAGAGCUCAAUGCUUCUCAAGUUUUUGCUGUAAAGAGUGUACUUCAAAAGCCAAUAAGUUUGAUUCAAGGUCCACCUGGCACUGGGAAAACUGUAACUUCAGCAGCAAUUGUAUAUCACAUGGCUAAACAAGGCCAGGGGCAGGUUUUGGUUUGUGCUCCAAGUAAUGUGGCUGUAGACCAACUAGCUGAAAAGAUAAGUGCCACUGGGUUAAAGGUUGUUAGGCUCUGUGCAAAAUCGAGGGAAGCUGUUAGUUCUCCUGUUGAGCAUUUAACCCUUCAUUAUCAGGUUCGACAUCUUGAUACGUCGGAAAAGAGUGAGCUUCAUAAGCUACAGCAACUGAAGGAUGAACAAGGGGAGUUGUCUAGCAGUGAUGAGAAAAAAUACAAAGCUCUGAAGCGGGCAACCGAGAGGGAGAUAUCUCAGAGUGCUGAUGUCAUUUGUUGCACAUGUGUUGGUGCUGGGGAUCCUCGGUUGGCCAAUUUUAGAUUCCGUCAGGUGCUUAUUGAUGAGUCUACUCAGGCUACUGAACCUGAGUGCCUCAUUCCUUUGGUUCUUGGUGUGAAGCAGGUUGUCCUUGUUGGUGACCAUUGCCAGCUUGGUCCAGUCAUCAUGUGUAAGAAAGCUGCACGGGCUGGGCUAGCUCAGUCUCUGUUUGAGCGUCUUGUGCUUCUGGGUGUGAAACCAAUUAGAUUGCAGGUUCAAUACCGUAUGCACCCAUCCCUGUCAGAAUUUCCUUCCAAUAGCUUCUAUGAAGGUACACUCCAAAAUGGAGUGACCAUCAAUGAAAGGCAAUCGUCUGGCAUUGAUUUUCCUUGGCCUGUGCCAAAUCGACCUAUGUUCUUUUAUGUCCAGAUGGGACAAGAGGAGAUCAGUGCUAGCGGAACAUCCUAUCUGAAUAGGACUGAAGCUGCAAAUGUUGAAAAAAUUGUAACUACUUUUUUAAGAAGUGGUGUAGUUCCCAGUCAGAUUGGGGUGAUAACACCAUAUGAGGGACAGAGAGCAUAUAUUGUGAAUUAUAUGUCAAGAAAUGGUGCUUUAAGGCAACAACUUUACAAAGAAAUUGAGGUUGCGAGUGUAGAUUCAUUCCAGGGAAGGGAAAAAGAUUACAUUAUUUUGUCUUGUGUGAGGAGUAAUGAGCAUCAGGGCAUUGGGUUCCUUAAUGAUCCUCGCAGGCUUAAUGUUGCACUAACACGUGCUCGUUAUGGUAUUGUCAUCCUGGGAAAUCCUAAAGUUCUUAGUAAACAGCCGCUAUGGAAUAGCUUGUUGACACACUACAAGGAGCACGAGUGCUUGGUUGAAGGUCCUCUGAAUAACCUGAAGCAGAGUAUGGUUCAAUUUCAAAAGCCAAAAAAGAUCUACAAUGAUCGUCGACUUUUCUUCGGAGGUGGCCCUGGGAUAGUGCCUAAUGACAAUUUUGGAACUGUUACUUCGUCAAGCCCCAGUGCUGAUAGAAGAAGCAGUCGUGGCAGGGGUUCAUAUAUGCCAUCUGGCCCACCCAAUGGUACUCAUAAACCUGGAGUGCAUCCAGCUGGGUUCCCAAUGCCUCGUGUCCCCCUUCCUCCAUUUCAUGGUGGUCCCCCAUCUCAACCCUAUGCCAUUCCAACUCGUGGAGCUGUACAUGGACCUGUUGGAGCUGUUCCUCAUGUCCCUCCACCAGGAAGCCGGGGGUUUGGUGCUGGGCGUGGCAAUGCUGGUGCUCCUAUUGGCAGUCAUCUUCCACACCAGCAAGGUUCUCAGCAAGCUGUUGGGAAUCUUGGCUCUACUUUUAACUUUCCUGCUCUGGAGAAUCCAAAUAGCCAGCCAUCCGUGGGUGGUCCAUUAUCUCAACCCGGAUUUGUUACUAAUAUGCCAGUACAAGGUCCGAGCCAAACAUUUCGUGAUGGAUUUUCUAUUGGGGGCAUGUCGCAGGAUUUCUUGGGUGAUGAUUUUAAAAGCCAGGGUUCACAUGUACCUUAUAAUGUUGCAGACUUCUCCACACAGGCUUCUCAAAGUGGGUAUACCCUUGAUUAUGCUACACAAGGAGCGCAGGCUGGGUUUCCAGGAAGUUUCCUAAACCAGAACUCUCAAGCUGGAUAUACUCGAUUUGGUACUGGAAAUGAUUUCAUGUCUCAGGACUACAUGGCUCACGGAUCACAAGGUCUGUUUACACAGGUUGGCUUCAAUGACCCAUCCCAAGAUGAUGCCUCCCAGAGCCAUUUUGGUGUGGCCAAUCCCAACCCCCUUCAAUCGCAGGGUUUGAUGAAUCCUCUCUACUCCCAACCCUUUGCCCAUUACAACACACAGCCACUAAAUUUGCAGGCUCCACAGCAGCAGCAGCAACAGCAACAGCAAACACCUCCCCAGCAGGGCCAGAGCUCCCAAAACCAGAAACUCCACUACAAUGGUUGAGAGAAUGCCGGGGCAGUUUUGAUUGUGAUGGGUUAUAGUCUUUGCAUCCAGCAUCUUGAUUUGUGCUGUCAUGUGUGCCAAAUUUAUGUGCCCUUGAAGUGAAGAUGGGGCUGCCAUUUUUUAAGGUCAGUUUGAUUCCUGUCCAUUACCCAUACUAGAUUAUUCUAAAUGGCUGAGAAUCUGAUAGUUUGAGUUAGCAAAUGGCUAUGGAUCUCUGAGAAAACACAGGACAGGCACAUACUAGGGCUGAGAAAGAAAAGGAUAACCCCAACUAUCUGCUUGAAGUUUUGCAUCGUUUUGGAGGGAAGGUGAAUGUGUUCUGAGGGAGGGAGAGCAAUUUGCAUGGCAUGGUUUUGUCGAAAGGGUUUUGGUUCUCGAACAAGCAGAACCAUUUUGUUGAUUCACGGGAAAGAGCCCAUUUUUCAUAUAGAAGCAGUUACCACUGAAAAUUUUGUACAGCAUACCUGGGAAAAUCAGCCUAACCCUUUCAGCUCUUCCUGACAUGUAAUUAUACUCUUAGAUUAUAAUAUUGAAUAGACAAUGACGACGUACCUUUGAAAGUGUUCUGUUUUUUGGUGUAAGUACUGCUGAUUAAUAGGCUCUGGAGGUAUAUAAGAAAGUGUGAUACUGGCUUUCAUGUGAAUUUGGUUUGCCCUCCUCUCUUCUAUUUGAUUUAA